GCGCGGCUGCCAUUGGCUGGCGCGGGCAGACGCGCGGCGCGCUGACGUCGGAGCGCGGCGCGCGGCGGAGACGGGCCGGCAGUGCGGGCGCCAUGAGCAAAGCGCACCCGCCCGAGCUGAAGAAGUUCAUGGACAAGAAGCUGUCGUUGAAGCUGAACGGCGGCCGGCACGUGCAGGGCAUCCUGCGGGGCUUCGACCCCUUCAUGAACCUCGUCAUCGACGAGUGCGUGGAGAUGGCGGCGGGCGGGCAGCAGAACAACAUCGGCAUGGUGGUGAUCCGAGGGAACAGCAUCAUCAUGCUGGAAGCUUUGGAACGAGUGUGAACCCCUGGAACACCCCAAACCCCAACCACCGGCUCCCUUCCCUCAUCCAAGAUGCCACCCACGAGUGUACAAUUAUUUUGGUUUUGUUAUUAAAUCACUUUUGUAAUGGUUGACCUAA